UAAAACCAAAGAGCGCAUCACAGGGAGAUGCAUGGUUUGAUCACACACGUACACACAUACACACACACACACACACGCACACUCGCUUUGGAUUGUAAGAUAGCAGGGAUAGUCUACUGUAGAAGCUGCAGCAGCUUGGCGAAUGAGGCGGAACUGGAAGUUAAGCCAGGAAGUUACUUUUAUCGACUGUUCAUCGUGGUGCGUAAAAUGAAAGUGGUGCGUAAAUGUCUGCGCGGUAGAUGAGAUUCACAUUUUUUUUUUUAAACUCAAAAAAGUUAGCUGACUGGAACUCGCUGUGAACUAGUAUUAAAAGAGUCUACCUUUGGCUCGGAUGCUGUUGGAUGUCGCCCCGGGUCUGCGCUCCUGCUUUUGAUCUGAUUUGAGCCAUGGCUUAUUCUCAGCUGGGAUACUCCUACUCCACCACACCGCAGUUCCUGAUGACCUCCAGCUCUCUGGCCGGUUGUUUGGAGCCGGGAACUCCUCCGUCACACCCGGUGCUGUGCUCCCCGGGCCACCAGCUCACCUCUGGCUCCGGCAUUGGAGUCUACAGCGGAACUUAUCCAAAGAGCCAAGGUUACUAUAACCCCUGCACCAGCGACGCCACCGCUCUCUAUUCCAGAGGGCCAUUAGAUCCCAAAGACGGAGCUGCAACUGUGGGGACAUCUCAGACUCCUGCCUACUAUCCCUAUGAAUAUACAAUUGGACAAUAUCCAUAUGACAGAUAUGGGUAUUCCUGCUCUGAUGGCGCUUCCCGCCGUAAAAAUGCCACCCGAGAGACCACCAGCACGCUGAAGGCUUGGCUGCAGGAGCACCAGAAGAACCCCUACCCCACAAAGGGAGAGAAGAUAAUGCUUGCUAUCAUCACCAGGAUGACCCUUACACAGGUGUCUACGUGGUUUGCCAAUGCACGCAGGAGACUGAAGAAGGAGAACAAGGUGACGUGGUCACCGCGGGCUUGUAAAAGCUCUGACGAUCGGGGCUGUGAUGAUGACAGUGACGAAGCUGAGAAGCCACUCAAACAUGACAAAGACCUUCCUGAUCAACAGUGUGCAGACCUGCAGAGUGACCUGGAGGACUUCGACCUGCUGGAGUCAGACGGUUCUGACUGUGAACCGAAGCCACAGUUUCUACCUGAGGACAGUGAUGCAAACCCAAACACAGACCUCCUACACAGGCAUCGCACACACAACCCAGACCCACUGCACGGAAAAGAGAGAUUGUCCCCAGACUGCCCCAAACUCACACCGGUCCAUCGGCAAAACAACUCCUUCUAUGCUAAUCCAGACCUCCGGAGUACAGACGCUAAACCGAAAAUCUGGUCCAUCGCUCGCACUGCUGCGUCUUUGAACGGCAGCUUGCAGCCAGAGUACCCUCCCUGCAUGCUGUCGUCGACCGGAUCCUCCUCUCCGGGGUAUCCAUCCAAUAUGGCGCUGACCAAGGCAGACAGGGAACGGGAGUCACCAGUCGCCACGCUCAGAGAAUGGGUUGAUGGGGUUUUCCAUGGUCCUCCUUUCCAACAGCUCAGACCAGCUGAGGCGUGGAAAGGCUUGAAUGAUGCCGUGAUAGACAGCAGAACACCCGGACAGUCCUUUGAACUUAUUAGGUCUACGUCAUCUUUGUAGGCCAACCAACACAUCGUCAAUGGAAUAUUUCAAAGACUGUUGGACUUGGAAAAAAAACCUCUGUAUUUUGUUGUUGUGACUUGACCAAUUGACCGUUCGCUAAGCACCACCGCCCUUAGUUACUAUAUGUCUGUCAAGAUUUCCAUUCUCGCACAGCACACGCAGUUUGCAAUGAUAACGGUGGCACUUCAAAUCUUUAGUCAUUUUUGAAACAAUGGGGCCUGGAAUUCCAGACGGAGGUAGAACAAAAGCAGGCUUCUCAUUUCUUGCGAACAAGCAUCGCUUUUGCUGUGUGAAAUGAGUGUCGUGAGUGUUGGUGGCAAAUUUUAUUAUCUCUAGCUAGGUUGCUAAUUAAGCUAAUUAAACGUUAGCUCCAUGAGUAGGUCUACAUUAGAAGGCUGGUAAAUACGCACACGUAUAUGUGAUACUGCGCUAUAAGACAGGCAGACAUGUCCCAGGCAAAAAGUCAGCGUCCUUACCAGUUGAUGAUCCAUGUAGAAGACAUGCAGGCUUUUAUGAUGAGGACAAACCAAUGCACCUAGCAAAUGUAACGCUAUCUUGUUGGCUGGAGUGUAAACUUCCCCAAAUCCGUUAAAGAUCUGUCAACAUUCUAAUAGCAUCCAGGAAUGAGUUCCACACAGUGGGAAAAUGCUACACAGUGGAUGUGCUAGUCGUGUAACGGAACUUUGUAACCCCACAAAAAAUAUGGUUAACGCUAGUUACUGAUGUGCUCCUUGGCUUUGGAAGUAAUACUUGGUUACUGUAGGUAGUAAGCUCGUUAGACAGACAUUGUAAUGAUUACAGCUUACCUUAGAGCAGACAAAUGCAGUUUCAUCUAUUUCUUUAACUUUUGUUCGAAAGUUCGGAAAAAAACACUAUCUUUCAAACUCUUUGAAAGCAGAGUAUCACACUUACUACGGACCUAUGUACACCACUCCAACAUGUAGAAAAAUCCAAAGUUUGACAGACCUGGUAGGCCCAAUUGCAGUUGCUAAGCUAUGAUUGUUUAAUUGGUGAUCGGGGUAGGGGUUUUAGCGAACGGUCAAUUCACAAUAUAUAUAUCCUAUUUUGGCAUUUUGAAAAGGUUCUAAAUCUCUUCCAACUUACAAUCUCUUAUGGGCCCCAUUAAUGGUCAAAUGUCUUUGAGCAAACAAGUGUCACCACACACACGCUCCUGCGGCAAGGUUGUACGGUUGACUCACAUGAAAAAUAUACAAUAUUGUACACUUGCACUAUAGCCUGCACUUGCACUGAGUCACAAAAAUAAAAGGUGUAUUCCGUGGCAUGGCAA